AUGAUGAUGCAUUUACAUACCCCUAUUAAGAGAUCUCCUUUAUUACCAACUCCAACCACCACCAAAACAACAACAACAACUUUACCUCCUUUAUCAACAAUUAUUCAAACCGCCCAUUCAAGCCAUUACAAAGAUCAUCCUUUGUCCAGUUCAACUCCUUACAAAUCUUCUUUACCUCCUAUUGAUUCAUUGCACCCUGUUUCAAAUUAUGUUUCCACUCCUCCUUCAGAACCAAGUAGUCACAAGAGAUCAUAUGAUGAUUCUAUUGCUGAUACAAGUAUUUUAGAAUUACGCAAAGCUUCAAAAUCAAACUCAUCUUCUUCAACUUCAUUGGUUUCCAUGGGUUCAGAUAAAGCUUAUGCUUUUAUUUCUCAUUCCCCAGCUACUUUCCCUCUGCAAGAACCUGCAAUUGAUAAUGCUCCUUUGGCUAGACGCAAAAGAAGAAGAACUUCUCCUCAUGAAUUGAGUAUUUUAAAUAAAGAAUUUACAUUGGGUACUACUCCAAAUAAAGCAAGAAGAUUGGAAAUUGCUGCUAAAGUUUCCAUGACUGAAAAAGCUGUUCAAAUCUGGUUUCAAAAUAAAAGACAAUCAAUUAGAAAACAACUGAAUCUGGAAAAAGAAAUCACUGUAUUACCUCCAACUCCUGUUCAUCAACAAGUUCCACAUCCACAUCAUCAAUUGCCAAUGCAACCUCCUCAACAACCACCAGUUUUAAGUCAUACCCUUUCUACUCCAUUAAUUAUUUCUUCUACUCCAACAAAACCACUUAUAAACAAAUCUUUAUCUUUUAUGGAAUCAUCUACUCCUCUUAAACCAACUCCAAUUCCACAACCAAGAUCUUAUUCAAUACCCGUAUUUAAAAACAUAUCUACUCCAUUAUCUACAAAAUUGAACAAUGUUCCAACAACAACAAGUCCAGUUACAAUUCCUUCUACAACUACAGCUGCUUAUGAUGAAUCAAAUGUGUCGAUAGAUGACUCAAUGAUGAAGAGUACUUUAGUUCCAACUAAUAAAAAACAACCACAAUCAUUGAAUGGUGAAAAUACUUCAACUAUGACAUUCAAAUUGAUGCCUAGUAAAAUCACACAAAAAUUGGAAUCUGAAUCAAGAAAGCCAUUAGGUGAUGUUACAAAUGUAACUUUACCUCCUAUUCAGAAAUAA